UUCGGCGAGGCCAUGUGCCGCGUUUACCUGUUCCUCAGCGUCUGCUUCAUCAGCAUGUGCAUCCUCUCCAUCUCCACCAUCAACGUGGAGCGUUACUACUACGUGGUGCACCCCAUGCGCUACGAGGUGAGGAUGACGGUGGGGCUGGUGGCCUGCGUCCUCGUCGGCGUCUGGCUCAAAGCCGUGGCCACCUCCCUCGUCCCCGUGCUGGGCUGGUUGUCCCCCGACCGCCCACCGGUGCCCGCAAGCCGUGGCUGCCUCUUCAUGUUCAAGGUGGCGCGGGUGGCCGCCAUGCACCACGGCCCCCUCCCCACCUGGAUGGAGACGCCGCGACGGCGCUCCGAAUCGCUCAGCAGCCGCUCCACCAUGGUCACCACCUCGGGAGCACCACGUACCACCCCGCAGAGGACGUUCGGCGGGGGCAAGGCGGCCGCCAUCCUGCUAGCCGUGGGGGGGCAAUUCCUCUUCUGCUGGUUGCCCUACUUCUCCUUCCACCUCUACACCGCCCUGAGCGCACAACCCUUGGUGGGGCCAGCGGCCGAGACCGUGGUCACUUGGCUCGGUUACUUCUGCUUUACCUCCAACCCUUUCUUCUACGGGUGCCUCAACCGGCAGAUCCGGGGCGAGCUGGGACGGCUCCUCACGUGUUUCUUCAAGCAGCCGCCCGAGGAGGACCUGAGGUUUUUUUUGAACACAGAAGACCAUCCCCUGUAG